AUGUGUGGGGAGAAAUACGAGCGGAGUGACCAUGUAUCUUUACUAAGUAAUAUACUUGAUGAACCUAGCCCUCUCAAUUUAAGUCUCACGAAGAGCCCUUCGUUUUUAGAUUUGAUAGAAACAGAGCUUUUUCAAAGGAAUCCGGUUAAUGCAAAUACUGGUAAUUUAAACUCUGAAGUGAAAAAGAAGAGUCAGGCUUCUGUUGAAAAGCUGCAGGCUUCAAAUUUCCCAGCUACACGUUUGAAAAUCGGUUCAUGGAAGUACGAACCAAAAUAUGAAGGUGACUUGGUGGCAAAGUUUUGCUUUGCCAAAAAGAAGAUUGUUUGGGAAGUUCUUGUGGGUGAGCUGAAAAGUAAAAUAGAAAUUCAAUGGUCGGAUAUCACUCAACUAAAAGCAAAUUGUCCUAAUGAUGGACCUAGCUCACUGUCUUUAGUGGUUGCAAGACAACCUCUUUUCUUUAGGCCAACAUCUAGGUGGCAUUUUUUGAAAUUUGAACAAGGAUAUUUAAUCAAGCAUUUUGAACAGCUCGUCCAGUAUAGCGAACAUCUUAAGUUCUUAAGCGAACAGCCAGAUAUAAUGUUGGAUUCUCCUCAUUUUGAUACACGAUCCGCUGCUUCUGAGAACCCAGACAAUCUAAAAGAUUGUAAUUUGCAUCAAGUCAAUGGCGAAGGAUCAACAUCUCAUUUUCAAAACAUGGGAUCUGCUCAUUCAUCCCUGUCACCAUCGUUUAGGAUUGAGCCAGGUGAUCCUUCUGCCAGCAAUGGAAUCCAAAUAGAUAUGCAGGCUGCUGAAGAGGAAUGGAGAGAUGUGUAUGAUGACAAUCUGGAAUCAGGCAUGUUCAGGAAGGACUCAUUUGGAGAUUUGCUUUUUAAUCUUCCUCGAAUUGCAUCUCUUCCAAAGUUCUUGUUUAACAUGUCACAAGAUUAA